AUGUCUGGUGUAGAUUAUGAGAGUCUCCAUCAACAGAACAUCAGGCAGGAAGUGACAACAGAGGGUGACUAUGGCUUGUGCCUGGAUAACUCCUUCAGUCGCUUCAAUGCAAAAGUGGUGUAUCUGGAAGUGAUAUUGGAAGAUGAUGAUGAUGAUGACAGUCAGGACAAAGAUUCCCCAUUCUCCAUCCCUGGUCUAAAGGAAGAAUUAGAAGAAUAUCAAGUUACAAUAGCUGAGAUUCAGGCAACAAUGAAUCGAGUGAAGACCCACUUGGCAAGGGUGCGUCACAUGCAAGAUCAGCUGAGAGCUUUUGAGGCAAGGGACAGGAAUGUUGUGGAAGCAAAUUUCUCACGAGUCAAUAGUCUGUCCCUCAUCCAUGUCUGUGGUCUAAUCUUUUCAGCUUUACUUCAGGUGGUGAUGUUGAAGAGUCUCUUUGAAGAGAAGUCCACCAUCAAGAGGCUUUGGAAACGCUUUGUGUCUCAUUAAUGCAGCCAAAAAUGUCUGACCUAGUCCUCUUCUCCAUCUUGGCCAGUUGACUCUUCUCGUGUUGAUACCUUCUGUGAUAUGUUCGAAUUGGGUGGGGUGUCAUUUGGUCUUGGUCACCAUUUCACCUUUCUUUUUCCUUGGCAAGCAAAUAUUUUGCUCAAGCAAUAAGCUGUCUAGCAUGAAUGUGUUGCACAUUUUUCAAAAGUACUCAGGGUCUUUCUCCUCUCCUGUGCCAUCCCUUCAAGGUUAUUUGGUGAAGUUGCAUCAAAGGACAGGGGUGGGUGUGUGUGUUAAGUGCCACUUCAAACAGGAGUCAUCAGUUCAAUGGUGUAACUUUUUAUUAGUGUGACUAAAUCAUUCUUGUGUCAUUGAUUAGUACAAUCACUCCACAAAAUGAUGAAAAAAUAAAACUUGGGUAUACUAUACUUGGUCCAUGAAUGUCUGAAGAAUGAUGACAUUGGGUGAAUGGAAAAAAAUGCGAG